AUGGACGCCCCUGUCUCGUCGCCUAUGCACUCGAGGAACACUUCGUCGGCCGUGUCGUCGACGCAGCAGUCGCCCGCAAACGUGGUCGUCGCCGCCCCCCCGCUACCCGUCCAGAUCAAGACGCCCUCGACCGACGCCCUGCUCAAGGACUUUUCCCUCGUCGCAGAGGCUGCCAAGCGCGCGCAGGUGGCCGUCAUGGUCCGCGACUUUGAGAGCUGCGGCAUCUCGUAG